AGACGGAUGCAGCUGCAAUUCCGGAAGCCUGAGCUGCUCCCCCACUUGUGCCAGGGAGACCUUCAUUCGAGCCCCUCAGUGCCCAGCCAGGGGGGCUUUCUCUGCUGGCUGGAUCCAGCACGCUGAGCACUGCCCGCGCCAGCUCCUGACUCAGACACCCCAGGGGAUGGAGAGAGAAAGCGCUGGGGACCAGCAGGGCAGGGGCUGUCUGCACACGGGGCCCCUCUGCACCCAGCGCUGCUCUGCAGGGGGCUGCAAGACCCAGGGCCGCUGCCCUCAUUGACAUGCACAGGAUUUAGCCCAGGAUUGCCAGAGCCUGCUGACUGCAGGGAGGUGAAUGGCCCAGGACCUGGACAGCGACCGCAGGGGGGAAGAGCCGAACAUGGGACCUGCGAGGCAGGCUCAGGGCAGGGUCCACUCAGCUCCACCCCUGACCAGGACCAGGUCCAGACACUUCAGAGGAAGGGUUGAAGCCAUUGCCAGGCAGAAGGUGAAGAAGUUCUGACGUCACAGGCUCUCCCAUGAAACGGGGCUUCUGGUUCCUGCACAGUCAGGGGCCUCGUCCUGGGAGCUCCUGGGACUGAAUCAGAGGCAGGUGUGGUGGCAGGUGUUGAUGGCUUUCCAUGAAUUGUUUGCGCCUGUCACUCGGGAGCAGUAGGGAUCCAGCAAGCCCUUCCCAGGGACGCCAUGCAGGAGAACUAUGAGACACUGAUCUCUCUGGCAGAAGAGAUGGCCAUCAGCCUGCCACGGAUCACAGCGCUGGCUGAGUCCCACCGCAGGGGGCUGGUUUCAGCAGGAUUUCCAAUUUCUAAGCCUGACCUGCUCUCCUGGAUGGACCGGGGGGAUGAGCCGUGGGUCCCAGACCUCCAGGCCUCUGAGGGCACAGAGAUCCCAAGAGAUGCCAGCCCAGCAGGCGAUGGGUCAGCAAGUGAGAACGAGGAGGAGGAGGAAGCGGGGGAAACACUACAGGGAGCCUCUGGGAAAGCAGAACCCAGCGAGACAUCCGCAGAGGACGAAGGGGAGGACACCCCCAGCCUUGAGCCGGAGGGGAAGGCACAGAGCCCUGUGGGGGAGACUCUGGCCGCAUCCCCUCCCCAGCCCGGGGAUCCCAGGCUACUGGGGUCUGAGAAGCCCUUCCGCUGUGCAGAGUGCGGGAAGACCUUCAGCCAGCGCUCAAACCUGAUCCGGCACCAGCGCCUGCAUGCCAGCGACCGCCCCCACCGUUGCCCUGACUGUGACAAGAGCUUCAGUGACCCGGCUGGCCUGGCCAAGCACCAGAAGGCGCACGCAGCUGGGAAGCCCUUCCAGUGCGGAGACUGUGGCAAGGGCUUCAACUGGAGCUCGCACCUAGAGCGGCACCGGCGCAUCCACACUGGGGAGCGCCCCUACACCUGCGCAGACUGUGGCAAGGGCUUCAGCGUCAGCUCCCACCUGGAGCGGCACCGGCGCGUGCACACGGGUGAGCGCCCCUACAAGUGUGAGGAGUGCGGCAAGCGCUUCACAGUCAGCUCCACACUGGCCCAGCACCGCCGCACACAUGCCAGCGACCGGCCCCACCGCUGCCAGGACUGCGGCAAGGCCUUCAGCCUGGGCGCCACCCUUCUUGCCCACCAGCGCAAGCACCGGGGCGAGAAGCCCUUCCCCUGCCCUGACUGUGGGAAGAGCUUCGGCUUUGUCUCCCACCUGGAGCGGCACCGGCGCGUGCACACUGGGGAGCGCCCGUUCCAGUGUGCCGACUGUGGCAAGGCCUUCAGCCGCAGUUCCCACCUCUACCGGCACCGGCGCGUGCACACAGGCGAGAAGCCCCGACAAUGCCUCGACUGUGGCAAGAGCUUCCACCUCAGCGCUACAGGGCAGCUCCGUGCUGGCCGGGAUCCCAACAAGUGUGCUGAGUGUGGGCGCCGCCGUCCACCGCCACCUCCACCGCCUCCCCCACCCCUGCCACCGCCAGCUGAGCACGACCCACUGCCGCCGCCUGCGCUGGUUCCAGGCUGUGUGGACAAGCCGCACAAGUGUGCAGAGUGUGGGAAGGGCUUUGGGCAGAGUGCAUCAUUGGUGAAGCACCAGCGCACACACACGGGGGAGCGCCCCUUCCAAUGUGGGCAGUGUGGCAAGCGCUUUGGCUGGUGUUCGGCACUCAUCAAGCACCGGCGCAUCCACACGGGUGAGCGCCCCUAUGCCUGCGCUGACUGUGGCCGGGCUUUCAGUGUCAGCUCCCACUUGGACCGGCACCAGCGCACGCAUGCUGGUGACCGCCCCCACCGCUGCCCCCAGUGUGGCAAGGGGUUCAGUGACCCCGCUGGCCUGGCCAAGCACCAGAAGGCACACGCAGCUGGGAAGCCCUUCCAGUGUGGGGACUGUGGCAAAGGCUUUGCCUGGAGCUCACACCUGGAGCGGCACCGGCGCGUGCAUACAGGUGAGAAGCCCUACACCUGCACAGACUGUGGCAAGGGCUUCAGCGUCAGCUCCCACCUGGAGCGGCACCGGCGUGUACACACUGGGGAGAAGCCCUACAAGUGUGAGGAGUGUGGCAGGGCCUUCGCCGUCAGCUCAACGCUGGCCCAGCAUCGCCGCACCCAUGCCAGUGGCCGCCCCCACCGCUGCCAGGACUGUGGCAAGCGCUUCAGCGCCCUGGCCCAGCUUGUGGCCCACCAGCGGGCGCACCGGGGUGAGAAGCCCUACCCCUGUGCCGUGUGUGGCAAGAGCUUUGGCUUCGUGUCCCACCUGGAACGGCACCGGCGCGUACACACCGGUGAGAAGCCCUACAAGUGCCCCGACUGCGGCAAGGCCUUCAGUCGCAGCUCCCACCGCAACCGCCACCAGCGUGCCCACACUGCUGCCGCCGACCGGCCACUGAAAGGAGCAGGAGGGACCGAGUUGGGCAAAGGUCCUGCUCCCUUGGACUCUGCCAAGUCCCCGCGGGGCCCGGCCCCUGCCACAGAGUCCUCCCUGUCCCUCCUGCCCACCUGGUGGGGGGGAGAUGGGGAGAGGCGGAACAGCCAGCCCCCGGGCUGGCCAGAGGACACCAUGCCCUAUGCCGGACCUAUCCCCCACACCAGUGGUGGGCUCCGGGGAUGGGGCAUGAAGGCUUUCCCCCCACCAGAUGUGCCGCCUACGCCAUGGCGGCUGGGAGAGGGCAGCUCGGCCUGGGCCUCUGCGCUGCCCCAGGAGGCCUGGCCCCAGCCACCCCCAACCUCUUAAUCUGCCCCCUACUCCUACCUAGAGCUGUGUGCUGAGGUCUAACAGCAUUAACAGUCCCUGACCUUGAGCCUGGCCAGUCCAGCUGAUCUCCAGGGAGAGGACAGGUGGCAGGACCCCUUGCUCCCAUCAGCCUGCCUGGGAAGUCAUCUAGCCACAGGGGCCGGCGCCUAUCUUGCCAUCCCCAUCCCCAGUCCUGCUCCUGCUACUCGAGCAGCUUGGUUGCUCCAGGGAGCCCCACCUUUCAUGCAGAAGGGAGCUGGGAAGGGGGUGGAUGAGAGAGCCCUUGGGGGUGAGAAUCAGAUGUGUGGGGAGGGUGGGGGAGCAUCCGUGUGGUGUGGAGCAGAAGGGAAGAAACCGGGGUUCCCCCUGGAACCAGCAGAUGGGGGGUCAAGGGGAGGACAGGGCUUGGGGAAGCCCAUGGGGGGGAUGAGCGGAGAGGAAGGAAGGGAACAACUGUUGCUUCCUCCUGGGCAUCGGCUGAGAGAAGGCAACUGAUGCCAGCACCAGUGUCUGAGCAUUGCACAUCCGUAAUGCCUCCUUCCUCAUCAGCUGUCAGAGGCGUCACAUGUAUACUGCUACCCUGGUGUCAGAUUGAUAUCUUUCCCCGUCAGCCCCUUCCUCCUGGUAUCAACCAUGCUGUUCUCCCUGGUCUGGUGUUUGUAGUGUCCUGUUCUAUCACCUCCACCGCUCCCCAGCUGCUGUCAUGUGGAUGCCCUUCCCCAUCAAUCUCCCUUUCCCCCAGCAUCACAUUUUCACUGUUCACCAUUAACUCCAGUGACACCAUUCAGCAAGCUAUUAUCAGAGUCACUAAGUAAGGGGGACAUUUCAGAGGAGACUCCAGGACUUUUUCUGGCACUGACACAGUCCAGUCAUGGAGGAAAAUGCUUAAACAGGGUGGGAGGGGAAAGAAAUUAAGACCUCAAUCCCUUCAGUAGCAUGGGAGACUGCCAAACAUAAGAUUGAAGCGAUUUUUGGGAUAUAGACAAAUUUGCACUUAGGGGGUGAGAACUCUUAACUCCCUGUAUGUGUGAGAGGAGCUUCUGCAGGUGGAAGCAUUCAUUGCAUCUGACAAAUAGGCUGUUGCCUACAAAACAUUAUACCUCUCUGCACAAGUUAGUCUCUAAGGUGCCUCCCUUGCCUAUCUUCUGCCUGGAGGUGGACUAUAGAUUCCUCUGCUGCUUAACCGACUAUACAUAAAGAAUAGGGGAGGGAAGGAAGGAUCCCCACAUUUUUAGAAGAGAGAUACCAGACUCUGUUGCCUCCAGGCUCUAGGACAAGUGUAGGAUCAGAAGAGAAGCCUGGCUCACCCAUCACCAUCCAUCCCCACGUCCUGCCCAAGGACAGAGACCCUGCCUGUCACACUCACACACAGCCUGCUCACAGCUGGAUCCCUCCCAAAGGGAUAAGAAGCCUUAACUGAGUUCAAAGACACAACCCUGCUUGGGCCUGUGAUAGAGCUAUGGUGUUCUGUUGCCAAAACCGUGGUGUGAUCCAUUUCCAGUGAAAACUGAGACUCGGAUUACCUGGGGAUGGGCUAUUGGCUUUUCUUACUGGAUUUGAGCGUGUGCAUGGGUGUGCAUUUCCUCUCUCCAAUUGCCUUUCCUCUUAACUUCCCUAGGCUGCUACUCUGCAAGGUGACAGGACCCUUGAGAAGCAGAAGGCUGUGAUAUUGUCCCUUCCCACCCCUUUAAAUCCAGCACCCUGAGGUGGGCUCCACAUGUUUGGGGUGGGCACAACAGUUCUUUUAUUUUAAUUUGUACAUUUCAUGAGCUGUAAUAAAGUAGCGCUUUCGAUUCACAAA